AUGAUCAAUUACCAAGCCCAGUUCCUGUCUGAUCUAAGUGAUUUCGUCCAAGGAAAACCGAGGAAACCUGUUGCACAAGCUUCAAGCUUAUUGCUUGAUGACUUAGAGGAUGAGCCGUCUAUAAGCAAGAACUGGGAAUGCCCUCCCGAUUUCCGGAAGGAACGCUAUGCUCCAUUUCUACAACUCUUAGCAUGGAAGACGGGAACGAAGAUCGCCCAUGACGAAUUCAUUGAAGCGGUGGUCGUGGCGGGUGAGGACGAAGCUGUAAUUGAUGAUGCGAUUGAACAGCUUACAAAUAUCUACUCUGCACUGUCACUCUUAUCUCCCAAUCCUGCACGGCAACAUCAUCACAUCUUCCUCCCAUCAACCGGUUACGACAAGCUCCAGGUCAUGCCAUUCAAACUGCACUCUGCAGCGGCCGGUAUUCAAGCAAUAUCGACCACAGAAGAGUGGGAGACGGUUGCGAAAAACGGCGUAAUUGUGCCUUUUCGACCUGAGCUUCGUCACAAGGCAGCCCCUGCACCGCUACAUACUCCUGUUGUGUCUCGCUUCCUUGUGUCUCCGACCUUCAAGGAAUUCGGCAAUCGCCGUAUGUAUACUGAGGCACCACCUAGCAACCAAUCUACCCAAGCAAGUACUGAUGGAGGUGUGGUCAUUACACCCACUGCACCCGCUACACCGGAACCGGCUCUCCCAGUGAGGCCAAAGGGAUUCUAUACUUCUACCUUAUCAUCUGAGAAAGCUGAUCAGGUCACCAAGUGGGUAGACCAGAACACGGCGACCAAAUCUGACGCACCCCUCGACCCUCAACAGCCGGUACCUCCGGAGGAAUAUCCUCCAGAGCAGAAACCAAUUCGGGGUGUGUUGAAGAGACGCCCCAAAGCAGCCACAAUGCCUCCAAAAUGUGUGGAAAGUGAAGCUGCUGAGGAGCAAAAUUCUGGGGAACUUUCAUCUGUAAGCUCAUUGCUUGCUGAGAGACCCAAACCUCGGCAAGUUCUUCAUCGAACCAUGGGCCAAAAGACGUCGCCGGGACCUAAACCGGUGACGAAGCAGACCACUCUGGACAAGUAUUGGUUGACUCCGACUGAGAAGCAAGCCACAUUGGAUAAGUACUGGUCACCUGUGUCUAAGCACCAGACCAAGCCAGACAACAUGAAAUCUGAGCAGCGGGUGCCUACCCCUGCUGAUCUCUCUCCGACUUCUGUCAAACCCGGUGUGCAAUCUGAACUCAGGGAGUCGACCAAUGCUAUCACUGCCAAGCCAGAGAGUGUGCAAACUCAACUGCAGGAGCUUGCUCGUACCAUGAAACCAGCCGUUCACCCAGAUUCUUGUCACGUUCUGGAGAUCUUCAAUGCCCUACAACCGACACUUGAAGCGGCUCGGUCAUUCCCCGGCAAAUUACAAUUGGAGGCACACAUCGAACUGGUCACAAUUACACCUCUUUCCGAUGAUCAAAACUUCGAUAUGGGUUACGUGACACUCGAUGAAUGGAGAAGUCACUUCCAACCCAAGAGGAACCGUGCAUCCGCCCCAUACUUCGCGUGCAACAAAGUCACGAGCUCGGGGGGGGAUGUUGAUGGAAUGGUGGAUUUGAUCUGGAGUAAGAAGAAUCCGGAAAGAAUCUUCUUCGAAAAGCCCAUCGAUUACGAAACUGUACUCGAAUAUCAUUGUCGGAUGAGCAAUGGUGCAAACUUUGUCAUCACUCUGGAUGAAUCGGGCAAUCCAACCUUCCAUCAUGCGCAAGCUGUUUUGGGAUGCUCGACGGUGCACUUUCCUCACCGUCUGUGGGAUAUCAAUAUCGUUAUCAAAGGGGGGAUGAACUUACAAAUCCACCAAGACCCGACCCUCAAGAAAGGACUUGACGAAUUCGCCAAGUCAAUCUGGUUUGAGCCAGGAGAGUCACUUGUCAUUUUCUGUUGUGAGCCUACAAACCGAGCCUUUACCGUUUCCAAGAUACUGAUGAAGCAAACAAUGAGACACCGGCAUCAAACUAUGAACGAAGAGACUGAGUCAAAGCUGAUGCUUAAGACUGUCGAAGUUCGGGAAUUCAUAAUUGGUCGAAAGCCUCAGUAUCCCGGUCUCAUCCGUGGCCGUAUUCCGAUCAACGACAUGCAACAAUGUGUCUCAUUGAAGAAACUCUGGUAUGAAAUCUCUAUUGUCAGUGAUGAAAUUCAGAAGCUGUUGGAUGGCAAUCGUGGGUUGGAACUUGGGCAAGAGACGAAGGGCUGGUCUGCAACUGAUAUCCUCGGUGAAGAGAUAGAAAUGAAGGAUAUCCCUUACGAUUCCAGUGAAGUUGCCAAGUCUGUUGGUUCUUCGGGCCUUGGUGGAAUGUACCGAUUGGCAAAAGUCGUUUUGGACCGUAUGAGGGUUGGUGAGUAGACAGUCGACGUUGAUUCGGUUG